AUGGAUUGGGCUGAUGACGUGUCUUCGCGUGACGGACAGCCGGGGCACAAGGCCGGCAAGGCUAACACCGUCUGCCGCAAACGUGCCGAGCAUCAGUCAGCCGUGCAGGGCGUCCACUGGUGUGAGCGGGGUCAGUACUGGCAAGCGAACUGGUACGACAAGGGCGACGGCAAGCAGGAGCGCAAGCGGUUCUCCGUCAAGGAGCAUGGCUUCCACAAAGCGAAGGUACCGACGUCGCAUCGCAGCACCCUGCCUCCAUCUCACUCUCUGUUUCCCCAAACAUAUGGAUCAGGAGCUGGCUGAGCACCAUCGUCUCGAGAUGGAGCGCAACGGCCGGGCAGUUGUGAAGAAGCGUUCGAAGCACCAGAGCGGCGUCAGGGGCGUCAGCUACUCCGAAGGAUACAAGAGCUGGGUGGCCGAAUGGCGUAAGGGCGGCAGGAGGAAGACCAAGGCCUUCUCCGUCAAGCAGCUGGGCUACGAGGAGGCCAAACAGGCGGCCAUCGCACACAGACGGGAGAUGGAGCAGCGGCACCACACGUCAGAGGGCGGGGCGACGAGAGAUGAGAGCCGUUCCCACAACCCCCCCAAUGAUGAUGAUGAUGAUGAGAUUCUUUCGCCGCGCCGCCACGGCCCCCCCAGCAGCAGGCCAGAUUUGGGUGGGAUGGAGGGCGGCGACCUGGCUGCUGCGCUCGUUGAGGUCCUCAGCAGCGACGGGUAAGACAAGACAAGGGAAUACAAGGAAGGGCCCGAUUUGUCGCGUGUGUACAUGUGUGUGGGAUGGAUUCUUUCGGUCAGGUCAUGCGGGUUGUGUUGGCAGGACGGCGGCUUCCGUGUCCGUCUGCCGUCCUCCGAGGGGGAAGAUGGCGAGGACCGCAUUGUCGAUGUCCCGGUGGUCGACCUCAGCUCCCGUUCGGCCGUUAUCGCCGCUUUUCGCCGCGCCGUCGAGGAGCUCAACCGCCUGAGCACUGCUAGUGAGGGAGGGGCCGCUGCACCCCUGGACAUCAGCUGGCUCGAUGACAUCAGCCCCGACGGCUGCGAUCGACCUCGGACGCGCCGCCGCAGCGGAGCGAGGCGCGAGCCCAUGCCGCCCCCGUCUCUGUCUGAGGGCCCCAGUGACCGUCCACUUUACAACGAUGACCCCAUGGCGCCCCACAUUCAGCGCCGGCGCCGCCACAGAGGCAGGUCGUCACCUCGUGUCAGUGAGAGGCCAAUAGCCGACUCGUCCAGCUCCGAGAACGAGCUGCUCAUCGACCGGCCAGCAGCCAAGCGCCAUCGUGAGGACUCGGGCGGCGAGAGGGAGCGCUGUGUGUCGGCGAAGCUGAGUGAGGCGGGCGGCAAUUCUCUGGCGGCCAGCCUGGUGGAGCAGGCAAAGCCUCAGCUGGCGGACCUAAACCGAGACGAUGCCGACGGGCAGCAAUGGAGCGCAUCGAGACCAGAGGGUUCGACUCGUGGCGGGUCAUCCGACCACAACCCCUCUCGCAAGCAGCGCCGCAGACAUACGGCUCUCGCCAGCAGGAGCCCAUCCACCAUCGAGGGGCGGAUCGGACACCGGAGCGGCGUCAAGAGCGUCAGCUACGACAAGAGACACAACUCAUGGGUGGCCCGCUGGAAGGAGGGGGGCAGCAGGAAGAGCAAGCACUUCAUGGUCGAAAGUCUUGGCUUCGAGGGUGCUAAGGAGGCCGCCAUCGCACACAGACGACGGAAGACGGAGCGAUUGCACACGUCAGAGGGAGGGGCCAAGAGGCAUGGCGACCAAGCUGACUCGAGAAGUGCCGACGAUGGCGACGAUCCUCUGCCCGUCAAACAGCGACAGGCGCCUCAGCUGCGUGACGGUGGUGUGGGGGGCGGUGUGCUUCUGCACCCUACGGCUCGCCGUGACACCAACCGACCGCGGCGCCGCAGAGACGACCGAUUCGAGUGCAAUCCCUCACCUGCAGACAUCGAGGCCCCCAGUUGGCUGCGGGAGGGCCCACCGGCAACGCCGCCGACACACCACACGGCCAGUCGCGGCCCUCGUGUGUCGCCGGUGCAGAGGGGGCAUCUGAUUCGCCACUUCUACCAGCAGCUGGAGGCACUCGGCCGAGCCCAUCCCGACACGCCCCUCUGUCUGCGGUUCAGGAGUGGGUCUGCCCUGCCACAGCUGGCCGUCGAGGUGGUCCUGCCCGGCACCCCAGUGCAGUCGGUGCCCCUCUCAGCGGCCACCAGGGAGGCCAUGGGGGCGGCCGUCGAUGCCGCAUGGGCAUGCCGCCAGCAGGAGAUGGACAUUGACAGUACUGAGGACCAGCAGCCCAUGAUACACGCCCAGCGGAUGGUCCUAUGCCGUCUGUAUGGUCAAGUGGGUCACAACAUUGGGGCGAUGCUGGCGGCCGUCCCCUCUCUGAGCUUUGCGUCUAUCGACUUGUUUGUGCGCCAUGGGCUGCCGGCCAUGGUGGGGCAGCGUGACGGCGAGGACCUCAAGGAGGCCGCCAGUCGAUUCAUCAAACAGCUUCACCACCUCGGUAACCAGCACACCACACCAGCCAUGUCCAAGCGGCUCAAGGCGGCAGAUGACGAGCAGCUGCCGAGUGGCCAUCACCGGCUGGCCGAUAUCGACAUGACGAUGCGGCCACCACUCCAUCAGCGCGUCAAUGACCCGCACCCACCCAAUGUGCCGCAGGAACGAGAUCCGAAUGAGGCCGAUCGCAUGGCGGAUGGGGAGGUGGGCGGUGGGCGGGAUGGUGAGCGCGACGACGGCAAUUGCGAGAGGGAGGGCGAGAUGAUUCCGUUCGAUGAGCUGACGAAGGGUCGGUCAGCUGGUGGAGCUGCUCAAGGCCCACCCAUCACCCGACAUGCGACACUUAGCCGACAGCAUCAUGGUCAGCUCACCACAGACACAUGUGAAGGCAGACGUGGUAAAUGUGCGUGUUGUCUUCUCUUGUGUGUGUGCAGGGAUUGGAGGUCUGUCUGGCGGUGAGUUUGCUGGACAUGUUGGAUGACAUCGACAGUGUGGCGGCGGGUGAGGACAUCGGCCGCGACCUCGGCCUCCACAAGGGCAUCGCACUCGUCAUCAUAGUGCAGCUGCGGCGCUUCCUGCAGUCACUCAAGCGGCGGGGGGCCGUCCAGUGGCCACCUGGGGAUGGUGUGAUGGGUGAGGGAAGCUUGGCUGCCGGUCAGUUGUGGGACUCAGGUCGUCUGGUGUCGGCCGUCGAGCGUUCGAUGGGCGUCAUGGCGGCCGACAAGAAGGAGCGGCACGGCGACAAACUGCAACACGUCAUCGACAAUAUCAAAGAGGUCAGCCGGCACACAACACACAGAAUACGCACAUGACUUCCGUCCGUGUCUGUCUGUGCUGUGUGUGCAGUAUGGCAUAUCAGGCAUGAGCAUGUCACUGCUGGUGGAGCCGCCCCAAGACAGCGGUGCGUCUGAUGACGGCAGGGUCGAGGCGGCACUCAUCGAUGCGGCCCGAGAGACCGUCUUUGGGGGCAUAUCCGACGUCGCAUCUAUCCGCCGCACCAUCAACCGACAAGACGAAUGAGCCACCGAUCGGCGAGGCUGAUGAGCAUUUGUGUGGCAAGCAAUCGGUGUCCAUCGCACUCUACCGGCGUCUAUCGCAGUCUAUCUGUCAGCGAGACGCGAUAGACGAGACAUAUAAUGUAUCGCAUCUGUCCACACAUGCGUUUUUCCGGCCAUAUGCGAGACAUACCCGCACUUUUUUCAUCUUUUUUGCUAUCGCACACGGUCGUUCGGAUGCAAGCAUCACUCGUUCCUAGAGAGGAAAUGGUGGGACGGCCAUGGCCUGCUGAUGAUGUUGAUGUGAGUCAGUCAGUCAGUCAAUGGGAGAGACUGCCCUUGGUGUGUGCGUGUGUGUCUUUUGGGCCAUGCCAUGCCAUGCCAUGCCAUGCUAUGAGACAUUUGCAUAGCAUGGCAUGGCAUGGUCAUCACGCCUGUAUGGUCGGUCAUUGUGAGACGACGGAUGGUCGGUUUGGUGUGCAUAGAGAAGGGAGGAUGGCGUACGAACGACCUUGACAGCAUAUAUAGCAUCCAUGGGACGG